GGCGGGACGGGGCGGGGCGGCUCCCGCGGCCUGCGCCUUCCGGCUGCACCGGCCGGGCGGCGGGGGCGCUGGCGGGUCACGGCCUCUCUCCUGUCCCGCAGGUUGACAUGGCGGACGGCGACACCCUGAUCUCGGUGGAUUACGAGGUUUUCGGGAAGGUGCAGGGGGUGUUCUUCCGCAAGUACACGCAGGCUGAGAGUAAAAAGUUGGGCCUGGUCGGCUGGGUCCAGAACACUGACCAGGGCACCGUGCAAGGACAGCUGCAAGGCCCCGUCUCCAAAGUGCGACGCAUGCAGGAGUGGCUGAAGAUGAGAGGAAGCCCCAAGUCGCACAUCGACAGAGCAAGCUUCAGCAAUGAGAAGACUGUCUUAAAGUUGGACUACUCAGAUUUCCAGAUCGUGAAAUGAUGACCUGAACUCAUCUGCCAGGACAAAGGACUUUUUAAAAUAAUUAUUAAGAGAUAGGACUAUGUUUUGUCUUUUAAUAUUAGAAUUUACCAGGAAGUUCUUUUUGCUUCAGAGAUCCAAAUGUGUGUGAUGGGAGGAUCAGAACUGUACACAACUCUAAUAAAAACACCGUAGGAACUUC